UAAAGAAACAAGCAGCACACUCCCUCAAGCGAAGAUGGGGAAUGCCAAAAGCAGCGCUAUGUCCAAGGAGAUCCUUGAAGACCUUACACUGAGCACCAAGUUCACGGAACAGGAGCUGUCGCAGUGGUACGAGAACUUCCAGAAACAGUGUCCCACCGGUCGCAUCACACCUAGCGAAUUUGAGGCCAUCUACAGUCGCUUCUUCCCAGAGAGCGAAGCUAAGUCAUACGCGCACCACGUCUUCCGCUCUUUCGACACGAAUGACGACGGAACGCUGGACUUCAAGGAGUACAUCGUCGCCCUGCACAUGACCUCAACGGGGAAAAUGAGCCGAAAACUGGAGUGGGCCUUCUCUCUCUUCGAUCUGGACAAGAACGGCUACAUCACCAAGGCAGAAGUGUCUGAGAUCUGCCACGCCUUGUUCAAGCUCAUCCCGGCGAAGGAGCGGAGCAGGCUGCCGGAGGAUGAGAACACUGCGGAGAAGAGAGCCAACAAGCUGUGGAGCUACUUCAACAAGGCAGCAGGCGGGAGGCUGACUGAAGCAGAGUUCAUCAAAGGAAUUGUAGAAAAUGAAGAUGCGCUUCAUCUCAUCCAGUAUCAGCCACAGGAGUGAAACCAUUCCUUUACUUCUCAUCUGUCAUUUCACUGGCCUUUUCAGACGCAAAGACAGCACACUGUCCACUCACCAGUUAGUAAAUACUCUCUUCUCUUUAUUUCAUCUCUUUCUUGACACUAAUGCCAUUGCAUAACCAUAACCCAUAACACAAGCAUCAGAUUCUUGACCCUCUAUUACUGUACUGUAUUACUGUCUGGUAUUGUUAGUACAGCUGCAGCAAUAAAGUGAUUACAGAAUUUACACUAUCUUAGUUUCAACCUGCUGACUUAAGGAAAUCAUGUGUUCUCAGCUCUGAGAAUUUUUCAGGUAACUUGUUUUUCAAUAUUAAAUUAAUUUGACUCUCUCUGCUAACUAGGAAAAUUUAGUGCAUUUCCAGAAAUGGUUUCUGGUAAAAAAAAAAAAAAAGGAAAAUAC